AUGGCGGAUCGGGCGGAGAUGUUCUCGCUCUCCACCUUCCACUCGCUCUCGCCGCCCAGUUGCAGACCCCCCCAGGACAUCAGCCUGGAAGAAUUUGACGACGAGGACCUGUCCGAGAUCACAGACGACUGCGGCAUCGGCCUGAAUUAUGACUCGGAUCACAACGAGAAGGACUGCCUGGGGCUGGGCAGGGGGGAGCAGCCCCACCCCACCUGCACCUUCCAGGAAGACUUCCAGGAGUUUGAGAUGAUCGAUGACAAUGAAGAGGAGGAAGAGGAAGAGGAGGAGGAAGAGGAGGGGCUGGAAGAGGCACCCCCCUCCCCUUCGGGGUUGCUGAUACCUUCGCCCACCCCCGAGGACACCCAGAAGCUCCGUCCCACCACCCUCAACUUGACCGUCACGAGCACCCAGGAUUCCCUGAACAACAACAGCGGUGGUGGCAACGUGGCUCCCCCCCUGCAGCGGGCCACGUGGCAAGAGACUCUGCUGCACUCUUCCUCUUCUUCUUCCUCCUCCUCCUCCGUCUCCCACGCAGAGCGACCGUCUCCCUUGCACGCUUGUCUCCAGGAUGGACCCUGCAGGGACGUCCAGAGCAGCGAAGGGCCGGCUCUGCCCCAGGCCCCUUGCAAGCCCCCAGUUUUUGAUGCCGAAGGCAAUAGCCAGGGUCUGCAGAGAGGCCUCCCUGGGGGGGAGGAUUAUAACAUGAACGUUGUCUCCAGUGACGCCAACCCGCAACCUCCCUCUGUCUUGACCAGCGCAGCAUCUGGGAAGCCUCCUGAAGCUCGGAGCAGCCCUCCACCCCUGAGUUCGGCCUCCCAGCCCCACAGUUGCAGCCCUCACAGGUCCCCUGCCACAGAGAGCUACUGUGCCCAGUUUCAGAGGGAUGCUGUGGCAUGCCAGGAGAAAGAGGAGAGAGCCGGCUUGGCUGGGAACCCAGCAGGACACAGAUCCCCUGUGGGCGUGCUCCGUGCCCCACUCUCUCAGGAUGAGCCUGCCAAGCGCCCUGGGGACGGUGCGCCCAGAGAGUCCCAUUCCUUAGUAUCCCACGCAAGCCCAGUACGAGAAGUGGCUGCCCCACUGAGCUCUGAGGGAGAGGGCACUUUGGGAGGGCUGCCCUCUGCUUCCUCUGAUACCACGUCUCCCUCCUCGGACCCCGGCAUAGAGGCCGAUCUCACCAGCCGGUCCUCCAAGGCCUUCCACCCGUGCAUCCAGCACAGCGAGGACCUCAGUUCCCCCAGCUCCGACUCUGAUGUGGAAGGGGAAAUCGAGGCAGCCUUUGCAUCCAGUGGGAGCCGCUUGGCCAGCAACAUGAUCUCCAGCAUCUCCGAAACGGAGCUGGACCUGAGCAGCGAGAGCAGCAGCGGCCGUUCCUCCCACCUCACCAAUUCCAUCGAGGAGGCCAGCUCCCCGGGCUCCGAGGCCGACCUGGAGGCUGACCUGGAAGCCCCAGGUGUGAUGGGCCUGAAGGGUGCCCUCCUGCUGGGUGCCAAGAAGGAAGAGGAGGGCACGCAGCUGCCUGCAGAUGAGAGCCUGGCCCCACUCAAAAUAGAGGAGCUCUACGAAGAUCCCUCGGUCCCCGUUGACCAGGCCGAGUUGCCUCCUUCGGGCUGUCUGGAACUGGAGAUCAACCCCGACCACAGUCUGGAGAGCCUGCGACGGUCCUUCUAUCUGCCAGUAGGGCGUCAGCUCCUGCGCGACGGGGCGGAAGAGGAAGGGAACAGCGAGUACGAUUCUGAAUCGGAGUCGGAGUCGGAACCGGAUCUGAGUGAGGAUUCAGACUCCCCCUGGCUGCUUAGCAACCUGGUGAACAAAAUGAUCUCGGAAGGCUCCUAUCCCAUCAAGUGUGCCGAUGAAUGCUUCCAGGCAGCUCACUCCCUCUCCGAUACGAUUUCUCCGGCCUCCGACCUGGAGCCGGAGUUGCCCAGUGAGGCCCUGAAUGACGCCCAGCCCUGCUCCCAGCAGAGCAUCGAGCUGGUGGACAUGGAGACGCUGCGCUGCUCGCUGCAGGGCGCUGAAGAGGCGAAGCCGCUGGAGGCCCAGCCUGCGGUGGGAAAGGGGCCUCAGGCAGGGGACAGGGGGCCCUACUUGCUCAUGAGCAGCUCCACCAACGAUGUCAUCGCACCCGUCUUCCCAGGGCGGCCCUACUCCGUCUGCUGUGUCAACCCUGUGGCCCCCAAAACCUUCCCCCCCAGGGAGCCCCCCGGCAAGGAGGAGGAGGAGGAGGACGAGGACGACUGUGCCAUUGAUGGGGACCUGGACUCAGGCAUCUUGGAGGACAACGACAUGAUCGACGACAUCCGGUUAGAGCCCAAGGAAGGCCUGGAUGUCUCCACCGCCAAGACCAAUCGCUGCUUCAGCUUGUCCUACUCCCCCGAGGAGGACGGUGUGCCCUGCUUGGGCAGCCUGAAAGGGUCCCCUUUUGCCGAGGAGCUCUCCCUCCCGCCACCCACCAUGAUGCUGGACGACUCCCUGGCCUACGACUCGGUCAAGUACACCCUGGUCGUGGACGAGAACACCCAGCUGGAGCUGGUCAGCCUCAAGCGCUGCACUUCGGUGCUGAGCGACGACAGCGAGCUGCUCCGCGCCUGCGACGCCACCGACCCGGAGGACGCUGCGAGCGACUUUGGGGAAGGGCUGGUGGUCCCCGACGGGCGCAGCUCUUCCUCAGAGGACUCCUCCCCGGAGGCCGACCUCCAUUUCUCCAAGAAGUUCCUCAACGUCUUUGUCAACAGCACCUCCCGCUCCUCAAGCACCGAAUCCUUCGGCCUGUUUUCUUGCAUGGUGAAUGGAGAGGAGCGUGAACAGACCCACCGAGCCGUCUUCAGGUUCAUCCCUCGCCACGAAGACGAGCUGGAGCUGGACGUGGACGACCCGAUCCUGGUAGAGCUGGAGGAGGAUGACUACUGGUACCGGGGCUACAACAUGCGCACGGGGGAGCGUGGCAUUUUCCCCGCCUUCUAUGCCCACGAGGUGGUGAGCCAGGCCAGGGACGUGGCAGGCCUGAAGCGGAACCCCUGCUGGGUGGAACACUUCAACGUGCAGUUCCUGGGCUCGGUGGAGGUGCCCUACCACCAGGGCAACGGCAUUUUGUGUGCAGCCAUGCAGAAGAUUGCCACCACGCGGAAGCUGACCGUCCACCUGAGGCCUCCGGCCACCUGUGACCUGGAAAUCAGCCUGCAAGGCAUCAAGCUCAUUCUGACCGUCAACGAAUACAGUCAGGAUGAAGAGCGCUGCAGCCAUUUCUUCCAGAUGAAGAACGUCUCCUUCUGCGGCUGCCACCCUCGCAAUAGCUGCUAUUUUGGGUUCAUCACCAAGCACCCCGUCCUGAGUCGCUUUGCCUGCCACGUCUUCGUUUCGCAGGAGUCCAUGCGGCCCGUGGCCGAGUGUGUCGGCCGCGCCUUUCAGGAAUACUACCAGGAGCAUCUUGAGUUUGCUUGCCCCACAGAAGACAUUUACCUGGAGUAG